AUGGGCAAAGCGGAGCUGGCAAUGACACCACUACAACAGUGGGGUGAUGAGGUGGAAGAUGGGGCUAUAUACAGCAUCAUCCUUCAGCGAGUGAAAGCAGAACCUGCAACCAACAGACCUCAUCAGCUGGAUGACCACAGUCCCCCAGAGUGUCCCUUUGUACAGUACCGCACUUGCAAGAGACGCGUGUUGAGGGCUGCCACGCUCCCGAGGCUACUGAAGUGGCUGGUGUCUGCCAAUGUGGAGGGCGACGGUGACUGCGUAGCCAGCUUCCUGGCCACUUACAAGGCCUUUGCCACCCCCGCCCAAGUGCUGGAGCUGCUGCUGCCCCUGGGACCAGACAAGGGAGUGAUACAGAUCUUGGAGCUCUGGCUACAGGAUUACCCUGAGGAUUUCUGGGAUCCCCCCGAACACUUCAACUUGAAACAAAUAUUGCAUUUUCUGCACCACUCUGCGCCAGCCUCUGCCGCAUGUGCUCUGGCCGAAGAACUGCUGCAAACCCAACAGGAACAGAGGAAGGAGGAAGACGUGAGAAGACCAACAACAGGAACGGAGACUGACGGAGAACCUCCAGAAAUGAGACUCCCGCAGGUGACUGGCGAAGCAGUUGGGGCAGCGGGAUGUGAAGGCAUGCCAACCUUGCUGUCCUUUUCCGUGGAUGAAGCGGCUGAGCAGCUAACUCUAAUGGAUGCUAAUCUCUUUAGAGCAGUAAGGCUCUUCCGCUGCCUGGGCUGCGUUUGGUCUCAGCGAGACAAAAAGGAAAAUCAGCACAUUGCUCCCAGUGUCCGUGCUACUGUGGCCCAGUUCAAUGCCGUCACCAACUGUGUCAUAGCAUCUGUGCUCGGAGACCUGGCCCUGCGAAGUCCCCAGCGUGCACAACUAUUGGAGAAAUGGAUCAGUAUCGCCCAGCGGUGCCGGGACCUCCGCAACUUCUCUUCACUCCAUGCCAUCCUGUCCGCUCUGCAAUCCAACUCCAUCUACCGACUGAAGCGUACCUGGGCUGCUGUCAACAAAGACUCUCGGGGAGCCUUCCGAAAGCUCUCACAGAUCUUUUCCGAAGAUGAUAAUCAUUUGAACUGCCGAGAGAUCCUGCUGCAGGAAUGUGGGCUUCAGGGCUCGUGUGAUGGUUGUCACAGUCCUCAAAUGUCUACACAAGCAUCUCUGAAGCUAAAACUUCAAACCAAGCCAUUGGCUCCCACCAUCCCAUACCUUGGCACCUUUUUAACUGAUCUCAUCAUGCUGGACACAGCACUGCCAGAUUUUGUGGAGGGCAACCUCAUCAACUUUGAGAAAAGACGCAAGGAAGCCGCCAUCCUCUUCUUGAUCCAUCAGCUACAGGAGUCAUGCCAAGGGUACAGCCUCCAUCCAAACCCUUCCUUCUGCAAGGCUUUUCAUCAGCACCUACAGCUUUCAGAGGAACAGAGUUACCGGAUUUCCCGUAUGAUUGAGCCACCGGCAGAUUCUUGUCCCAACUCUCCAAAGCUGCAUCGCAGCCUGACCAAGCGCUUCAGCUCACUCCUCCUGGGCACAGAGACUUCUGCCUCUCUUCCAAGCCCUGAGAAACCGGGAAUGUCACCUCUGGGCUCCUGUAGCAGCCCAAACGCUGGAAAUGUAUCCAGUGCCCCUUGCUCCCCAACUUGGGGGCCUCCAACUAUCAAGAACCUACCUACAUCUCAGACCAGAGCCUACCCUGUGUUUGAGGUGCCUCUGCCGUCCCCCACCUUGAAGCAGAGAGGGUCAGAAGCACGCAUCAUCCGUGUCAGUAUGGACAAUGAGCAUGGCAAUGGCAACCUUUAUCGCAGCAUUGUGAUCACCAGCCAAGACAAGACCACAGCUGUAGUUCAGCGUGCCUUGCAGAAGCACAACCUAGAAGGGGACACCCCAGGCGACUACCAACUCCUACAGCUUUUAGAAGAUGGCCAAGAACUGCUGAUUCCUGGUGGGUCCAAUGUUUUCUACGCCAUGAAUCCUACUGGUCCUCAUGACUUCCUCCUGUGCCGCAAGAAAGGAGCCACCAAAGCCCGAGUCUUAGGGGUUGUACAGGCUAGUCACAAAACUGCCCCCCAACGUGCAGUUUCUCUCAAGGACUGUGGCACCAAGAUGCUCUCCAGCACUUCAUGCCCCACCUCUUUUUCCAGUACCCCAAACCUUGCAUCUCCUAGCCCAGAAAGGCGCUACCCAUCACUCCUUGGUUUGGACCCAGAGUUCAGGCCAAAUCUCCUGGCACCCUCAUUUCCACCCUCCCCCUCUUGGUCCUUGGGAAUCCAGGCUCAAAGUGUCCCCUUGGAGUCUCCACUUCCUUCUCCGACCCUGACUCAUUUAGAAACAAUGGGAUCCUUCAGGCCGGCCCUGCCUAACAUAGUUCUACCUUCUUCAUUGCAGAACCCAGAAGCCUCUGCUCCUCUGCCCCAAUCACCCCCUCACUACUCCUCGGAGCCCUGCUUUUGGUCAAAGUCCUCUAAACAGAAGGUUGUCCAUCACCUGUCAGCUCCUUAAUCUCUUAAGAGCUCAGACACGAGGCCACAGGACAGAGAAGUAAACCCCCAGGGGUGGAAUUGAUAUAUCUGCUAGAGAGAAAAAUAAUAUUUCAAAUAUAUAUUCAAAACAUGGUUGAAAAUGUGUUUUUUGAGUGCAGAAAAACCUUGGGCUGAUGAGAAUCUUUGUGGUUUAGGAGAUAUUAUGCUCAUACAUCCCACAAGGGAAAGGUGAGAGGGGAAACCAAAUUUGGUUGUUGUAGGUUUUUUGGGCUGUAUGGCCAUGCCCUUGAAGUAUUCUCUCCUGACAUUUCACCUGCAUCUAUGGCAGGCAU